GUCUCCCGCAAUUCUCCCAUUGGAAUCCGCUACGAUGAGGCAAUCGGCUAAUCCUAGAGGCUAUGAUUAUUCCCCGUGGAUUCGAUUGUGUGGUAAUUUGUCAAUUUGUGUGGCAUCGCCACGUUAAUCUGUGAUCUCUCUCUGAGCUUCCAGGCCAAGUUACCAUAUACUCUCUUUUCCAAUUUCCCUUCCCACUCCGAUCUGCCCUCAAAAACCAGCUGCAUUUCUAGUCCCUCCACUUGGGUUGACUCUCCCUCUCUCUCUCUCUUAAUUACUGUUCCUUCGCUGCAUAUUCAAUGUUUUUUUCUUACCCAGCUAUAAGUGCUGUGCCAUUAUCCUAUUCACCCUUCUUCUUCUUCCUCCUUCCCAUCUCCGGUGUCCUCCAUUGCAACCCAAGCUUCCUUUUCAGCUUCCUCUUUACAAACCCACCAUUCUCACAUACCCAUUUACCCAAAUUUUCUUUCCCCAUUACAUUUUCUUUGUAGAUUCUCUCGCUCUCUCUCUCUCUCUCUCUCUCUCUCUCACAGAAGUUAGCUUUUUGUCUGGUCUUUAUCUUGCAUUUUCUUCUACCAUUCCCUAAAUUGUUCCUGACCCCUUGAGGGCGCUAGCCCCUUAGUUACAGGCUUGUUUCGCCCGCCGUGUUCCCCGAGGGAAUCUGGUGUUUGAAGGGUCUAGUUUUGUUUCAGGUCGAUAUUGGGCUAUCUAUGCUUAUUGGGUCCCCGUUGGUUAAAAUAGAAGCCCUUUCUCUGCUUCUGUGGGAUCUUAAAGAGGAAGAUCAAGGGGGUUAGGCUAGAUCUGUUGAAAGGUGGAUGAAUGCUUUCUACUUUGAACCACUUUCCUCGCUUUAUUUAAUUUAUUCACAUUUCUCUUUUGUGUCUUUUACUUGAAUCAUAAGUGAUGCCUUCUACGUAUUUAUUCCCUUUUGUUUGAUAGAUUUAGACCCUUUUGAUUUCGCUAUUGGUGGGUUCAUUACUCUGGGUUUUCUUCUAUAAUGGGACAUUGAAUUUAUUUUGCUUUCUUCGUCAUCAUGACUUGUACAUACAAGUAUCGGUUGGGUUUCGUUUGGGAAAGAAUAGAAUCCAGCUGAAUGCCCAAUGCAGAUGUCGUAAUGUCUUGAUUUAUCUGCGGCUGGAACUUAGGGGGCCGACCCAGUUCAAAAUUUUGGCAUCUAGAGGGUCGGACCAUCAGCUAUGUCAUCCGGAAGUUCUUUGAAUACGAAAUUGUCAAAGAAAACUCCCUUCCUUGGUUUGUCCUUAUGGGUUUUGAUUUGCUUAUGCGUUGCUGCAUUUAUUGUUUUGAUUCUCGGUAUCUUAUCCGUAUGGGUGAUGUCUCGAAGAAAAACAAGGAGAUCCCCAGAAAACUUUUCUGUUUCUCAAAUACCAAAUGUCUCAAAGGACAUCAAGGUGGACAGAAUAGCGACUCAAUCUGCCCACCACAAUCAUCUUGAGAAUCUUUAUCUUUCCAUUCAUGAUAAAUCUAGUGAGAAAAACUCAGAGAAGAUGAUUGGCCAUUUGGGUAUGAGCAAAUCAAGCGACCCUGAUAAUAUAAGUCAAUGCAGCUCCAAUUAUCAUCACGAAAGGGUUUUCAGCUCACAUUCAGGAGAAGAAGGAAGCUCUGGGACUGUUAGAAAGCAGUCUUCCAUAACGUAUGGAGGGUAUGGAGGACUUGUGACUGCCUCUCCUCUUGUUGGCUUGCCCGAAAUUUCGCAUCUUGGUUGGGGUCAUUGGUUUACACUCAGAGAUCUGGAAUUUGCGACAAAUCGAUUUGCCCCAGACAAUGUGCUUGGUGAAGGAGGUUACGGGGUUGUCUAUAAAGGUAGACUGAUAAAUGGAACUGAGGUCGCUGUGAAGAAACUUCUCAAUAAUCUGGGACAAGCAGAGAAAGAAUUUAGAGUUGAAGUGGAGGCCAUUGGCCAUGUAAGACACAAGAAUCUUGUACGGCUCCUGGGCUAUUGCAUAGAAGGAGUUCAUAGGAUGCUGGUUUAUGAAUAUGUGAACAAUGGCAACUUAGAACAAUGGUUACAUGGGGCUAUGCGCCAACAUGGAACCCUUACUUGGGAGGCGAGAAUGAAGGUGCUUCUUGGCACCGCCAAGGCGCUAGCAUAUUUACAUGAGGCAAUUGAACCAAAGGUUGUCCAUAGAGACAUAAAAUCAAGCAACAUCCUAAUCGAUGACGAGUUUAAUGCAAAGGUUUCAGAUUUUGGAUUGGCCAAACUUUUGGAUGCAGGAGAGAGUCACAUCACGACUAGAGUGAUGGGAACAUUUGGCUACGUGGCACCCGAAUAUGCCAACACUGGAUUGUUAAAUGAGAAAAGUGACAUUUACAGCUUUGGCGUUCUUCUUCUAGAAGCAAUUACCGGAAGAGAUCCUGUCGACUAUGGCCGUCCUGCUAACGAGGUUAAUCUUGUUGAGUGGUUAAAAGUGAUGGUAGGCACAAGGAGAGCCGAGGAAGUUAUAGACCCAAAUCUUGAAACUAAACCCGCUACACGUGCUUUGAAACGUGCCCUUCUGAUUGCACUUAGGUGUGUGGAUCCUGAGUCAGAUAAGAGACCAAAAAUGACUCAAGUUGUUAGGAUGCUUGAAGCUGAUGACUACCCAUCACGUGAGGAUCGGAGGAGCCAAAAGAGCUGUACAACAAGCACAGAGAUUGAAUCCACGAAAGAGAUCUCCGGUCAAGCCGAGGUCGGAAGUAAACCAGGGGAAUCGCAAAGCAGAGCUGCAAAUGCAUGAGGGAUGAUGAGGAAGGUUUUGAAAGGAUUGGAGAAAUUUUCCCAUGUGAAAAGAAGCGAGCAGUUGAAUGGCUGAUGAUGGUCCAUUUGUUUCAUAGAGUACAUAUCACUGCACUGGGGAUUGAAAAAGGUGAGCACCCUUUUUAGAUAAGAUAAAAUUUAGUAGACAGAGAGAGAGAGAGAGAGAGAGAGACAGAAAAAAAAAAAAUUGUUUUGCAGACAUGGUUGAGGCCACUUGCUCUAUAAUCUCCUCUUUCACAUGAUUGUAAUUUCUGCCAUCCCCUCUUCUUUAUGAGAGAACACACAACUCUCUUUUUAUUGUUUUGUUGGUUUACUUCCCAUUUGUUAUUAUAAUUAUUAUUUUUUCUUGAAGAAUUUAUUUUAAUUUCUAUGUUUUAAAUGAAGGCAUCAAAAUGUUGAAGCAACAAGCAGAACCUUUUGGAUGGCU